CGGAGUGCGGGGCCACCGGGGCGGGUGGCGGCGCCGGGGUCCUGCGCGGCCCUGGGGACAGGCUGCGACACGCGAGUGCUCGGUGCUUCGCGGUGCCCGCCGCCCGCGCCGGGUUCGCGGGUCGCAGGGACGUUUCCGGGCAGAUGAGUCCCGGGCCCAGGACGGACUUUGCAGGCGAGUUCUAAAUUGUCCCCAAACCUCUGGCCCCCAGUUUAUUUUAUUAAACCAAAGGAUGUGUGACCGGAAUGGCGGCCGGAGACUUCGACAGUGGCUGAUUGAGCAGAUUGACAGUGGCAUGUAUCCAGGACUGAUCUGGGAGAACGAUGAGAAGAGCAUGUUCCGCAUCCCGUGGAAGCACGCCGGCAAGCAGGAUUAUAAUCAGGAGGUGGACGCCUCCAUCUUCAAGGCCUGGGCGGUCUUUAAAGGGAAGUUUAAGGAAGGGGACAAAGCUGAACCAGCCACGUGGAAGACGAGGUUGCGCUGUGCUUUGAACAAGAGCCCAGAUUUUGAGGAAGUGACAGACCGCUCCCAGCUGGACAUUUCUGAGCCAUACAAAGUCUACCGAAUUGUCCCAGAGGAAGAGCAAAAAUGCAAGCUGGGCGUGGCACCUCCCGGCUGUGUGAGUGAAGUCCCCGAGAUGGAGUGUGGCCGCCCGGAGAUCGAGGAGCUCAUCAAGGAGCCUCCCGUUGACGAGUACCUGGGGAUGAUCAAGCGGAGCCCCUCCCCGCCGGAGGCCUGCAGGAGCCAGCUCCUCCCGGACUGGUGGGUGCAGCAGGCCAGCGCAGGCUUGCCGCUGGUGCCCGGGUACCCCCCGUACGAAGCACACCAUUCAGCCUUUUCCCAGAUGGUGAUCAGCUUCUACUACGGGGGCAAGCUGGUGGGCCAGGCCACCACCACCUGCCCGGAUGGCUGCCGCCUGUCCCCGAGCCAGCCGGCGCUGCCCGGCUCCAAGCUGUACAGCGCCGAGGGCCUGGAGCUGGUGCGCUUCCCGCCGGCCGACGCCAUUCCCGGUGAGCGGCAGAGGCAGGUGACACGGAAGCUGUUCGGGCACCUGGAGCGCGGCGUGCUGCUGCACAGCGGCCGGCAGGGCGUGUUCGUCCGGCGGCUGUGCCAGGGCCGCGUGUUCUGCAGUGGCAACGCGGUGGCGAGCAGGGGCAGGCCCAGCAAGCUGGAGCGCGACCAGGCCGUCCAGGUCUUCGACACCAGCCAGUUCUUCCGAGAGCUGCAGCAGUUCUACGGCAGCCAGAGCGGCCUCCCCGAGGGCAGGGUGCUGCUGUGCUUCGGGGAGGAGUUCCCAGACGCGGCGCCCUUGCGCGCGAAGCUCAUCCUCGUGCAGAUCGAGCAGCUCCCCGUGCGGCAGCUGAUGGAGGAGGUGGGGAGGAGCUGCGGGGCCGGCCCCCUGCCGCAGGCUCCCGAGGAGCCCCUGCCCGACCAGGCCUUCCGGAUGUUCCCCGACCUCUGUGCCUCACACCAGAGACCCUUCUUCAGAGAAAACCAGCAGAUCACGGUCUAAGCAGCGUCUCUCCGGGCCCCCCACGCUGCUCGCGCUGGUGCCUCCUGGGGACAGUAGCGUUCGGGCUGUGGGCCCUGCGGGGUGCUUCGUGUUCUGGACCUGGAGUGGACACCUCCCAGAUGCACGUCAGGCCCAGAGGUGGGCCGAGGCGGACAGCGGAAUCUCACCAAGGGUCUGGAUGCCGUCACGUGACCUGUGAUUAAAAAACGUCAUUUUCUGCAUUUUUCUUUAAUCCUCAGUAGUUGCUAUGAUUUUUUCUGCAUUUUGGGUUAAUGGACAUUUGCAAAGACUCACCAAUCUACGCAGGCAGCCGCUUCCCGUCAAGGCCUCUGGAGCUGAGCAUCCGCUUGCGAGGAGUCUGUCUUCGUCUCUUAGGAUGCGGGUGGUGAUUUCAGACGCCUGAUUCCAUGCAAAGUGUCGUUUACUCUGCGCUCCUCCGCAGGAGCCCACGUCUCCCCCUGGGGAGCAGGGCAGGCGGCACCGGGCAUGGCCCGUGUUGCAGACGGGUUCUUGGGGGAUUUAGUGCCAGGAAGCUGACAACUAAAUGCGUUUUUUUGUCUCUGUAAUUCAAUAUCCCAGAUACCUGUCUUUGGUUUUUUUGGUUUCAACCUUUUAAAAAAAUAUUUGUACAUUUAAUUGCCUGACCUCAUGUGUCCUGUUGUGAGCGGCUCCGAGUCUUCCUCUGCAGCGGGCAGGAUGUAAGCCUCAGUGUAAAGGCCGUGUGGGGACACGGCCAGAGCUGGACCUGCAGGGCUCAUUCCCCACCCCGGGCUCGAGGUGGCCCCCGUCCGCACCCCAGCACCGCUCUCCAGCAGAUGACCCGGUUCUGGUCCUGGGAGGGUGGACCCUGCUUACUAGCAAAUAGGACGCGUUUCCUACCCCAGGUUGGUCAGAAGCCAGCUGCGGGAGCCGUGGCAGCUUGGAGGCCAGGGCCUGUGUCCCAUCCUGCCUGAUUUUCAGAUCCGAUGUCUUUUAAAACAUGCUUGGUUACAAAGCACUUGAAUGUAUUUCCUAAAAUUUGCUCUAUUAGGUUGGGGUUCCUCUUGCCCAUCUGUCCCUGCACUGGCCAAGAGAUCCUAGGGGACUGGGGACCCCUCCAGGACCUACUGCUGGAGUGAGCCAGCACAGGCAGGUGCUGACCCCUCCUGACCUGUCCCUCUCCUGGACACCCCACCUGGAGGCCUCUGACUUGGGAUCUGAGAAGCCAGGAGUGCCAGGUGCUCCUCAUUGCCUCACUGGUAGAGGUGGUGCAGGUGGUAAGGCCCAGUGGCCACAGGGCCUUGGGUGGCGUGUGGCUCUGUGGGGCGUGGGGCAGGCUUGGGAAGCACUGGUAGUGGCGUCUUUUCCCCUUUGACCGACAAAGGGAGCGUCAUAUUCUUAAGGCUCCUGGGCCUGUUUGCUGAGGUGCUUGUGAGGUCGCCAGAGGCUUCAGCCUUCAGCUCAGGGACUGGAAACCCGUGUCUUGAACAUGCUGAAUGAAUAUUUAUUUUUUUAUCCAUUUAAAAAGUGUAUCGAUCUUAUUCUUUAUUCAAAUAAAAGGCUCUUUUAGAAAGCC